GACACAGUAUACGUCGCGUUUGCGUCAUCAUACCGUGAACAGCGCUCAAACGGGGAGGACGUGGGAUGAACAAGUGUGCAGUGCAUUAUUAGAAACAUUGUUUUAUUUUUUUCAAAUGUUUCUAAUAUCGGAAUUAUAAAGUACAAAGUAUUAGGAUAGGGUUCAAGAAAUAUACGUCGCCAUCAUGGCGUCGGACGAACAAUUUUCAUUAUGUUGGAACAAUUUCCACGCGAAUAUGUCAGCAGGCUUUCACGGCCUGCUGUCGCGUGGAGAUUUAGUAGAUGUCACAUUAGCUGCCGAAGGCAGGCUAUUGCAGGCACACAAAUUAGUCCUAUCAGUAUGUUCUCCCUACUUCCAGGAGAUGUUCAAAAUGAACCCAACUCAGCAUCCAAUAGUAUUUUUAAAAGAUGUUAGUCAUUCAGCGUUAAGGGACUUAUUACAGUUUAUGUACCAAGGUGAAGUUAAUGUUAAGCAAGAAGAGUUAGCGUCGUUUAUUAGUACUGCGGAACAGCUUCAAGUGAAAGGUUUAACCGGUAAUCAAAAUGAAGAAAGUUCCACGCCAUCCAAACCAAAGCCGACCUCAAGGCCAGGCCCGAGGUCGUCACAACAAAGGCAAUCUGUUAUGACUAAGUUAGAGACUGAUUUAGAUUCUAAGCCCUCCUCAACUCCAGUAGCAAUUAAGCGACCAAAUAGGCCAUCAAUAGCAUCAAACAAUUCGUCAUCGUCACAAUCUGGACCUGUGAAACGAAAAUGUGUGGACCCAUUAGAAGCCGGACCAUCUGGAUCAGCUAAAGAGGAAUUCGUUACGAUACCUGACGAAGAUGAAAACAACGCUGUGGCACCCAAAAUGGAACCCGAAUUUGUUAAUGAGAGUAUGUGGGAUGAUGACGAUGACGGAACGAAUAAUGAUGAAACAAAUUUCGGCGAAGAUGACUCUAACAUGGAAAUGACUGGAUUCGAUGGCUCGACGACUGGCGAUGGCAAUUUGACUGGUGGUGCGGAAGGUGGAGCUGUAGGUGAUGCGCAAGUGUUGGUUUCGUGGCGCACUUGCUGGCUGGUCGCGCGCCGCCGCAGCACGGCGCUCAGGCACGCUCCGGCGUGCCGGCUCUCGGUGCAGUCCCGCCGCUGUGACUGCCAGCUCAGCAAACUGGCCAACGGAUUAGGCAAAGAUAUAUUCGAGAACAAGACGGGCCCGCUACCUGAUGACAGCGCGUGGCGGGCGGCUGCUGUUCUACGAGGGCAACACGUAUUUCAUCAACUGCAGCCGGCGGCGCAGCAGCACGCGCCAGCUGUGGUACUGCUCCUCCCGCAAGUCCCGCAACUGCCCCGCCUCCGUGCUCAUCAUGAACAACACCGUGCUCGGCCAGGCGCCCAUACACACGCACCCGCCCAAAAUAUCCAGCACAUACUUCGGGGCCAAAGAAUACUGCUGAGCUGGUAAUUUGUUUAAUGCGGGCGUGAAACGCAAAUUAAAUUGAGUGGGGGACUCCCAAUGUGUUUCUGAACGACUACGCGAAGAGCCUCUGGAGAAUUACAAUCCUUUAUUUACACGUACGUAUUUCCAUAUUAUCUUGCUGAAGCUAAAGGAAUAAAACUAUGUGCCAAAUUAAGUUGUGAAUCGAUUUUAAGUGCAAUAAUAGGAAUUAUAUGGAUUUAAAAACCCGCCACAGGCCUGAGUUAGUCAAGCUAUAUGUAGUGUUAAUGAAUUAAAACUUUCAAUAUUACCGCCUCAAGCAUGACAUGUUUAUGCCAUAAAUUAUUAAACAUUGAAUAUGUAAGAUCAAUAAAAACAUUGUAUUGAGAUGCGCUGAAAUAGCGUUAUCAUUUGCGAGGGAUAGCGCGGCAGGGAGAGAUCGGGGGCGUGGCCGUAAUUUUCUAGUCUUAGUUAUAGAAAUAGGAAAGUACAAAAUUUAUAUUAGCCUAUCUUGGUGAAUAUUUUAUUGACAGAGCUUAGUAGAGAAUUAGUUAAUACGUCGAUGUUACAGUGCCAAACCCUUGCCAAUAUGUGUAUUGUUGUUAGCGAACUUGAUGUAAGAUAGUAUUAAGAUUAAGGGCCUUAGAAGUAAGGCAAAGCGCAUGUUUUUAUGUGAGGCAGAUGCCUACCUGCCCGUUCGGGGAACUAACAAAAAAGAACGUCUAGACGUCCUGUCUUUGGGCGCUUUUUCUAUUUAAAAGGUUUUUGUGAAAGACUUCGAUCGCAUACAAUGUUCUAGGCCCAGCCCAGGGCAGGUAGUCGAAUCGUCAUUGAGCAUUAAAUACUACUUUAUUCAGUAGAUGUAAAGCUUUCUUUUCGUAUAAUGACGAUCUCAGACGCUUAGCAGGCUGGAUGUAGUCACGUUUUUUGUCAUCGCAGCCCUUAUUUUUGUUACCAUUUCGUGAAUGUAAAAAAAAAAUCGAUACACCUGCCGUACUUUAAAAAUACGUACUUAUAGGUAUUGUUAAGUAAGUUUUAGGGUUUUGUUGUUUUUUUUUUAAAUAUCAUUCUAAAUGAUGUUUUACAUUCAGCAUCCCGUUAGCGUUUUUGUGGUCUAGUCAUUAUGAGAAGGAAAGUAAUUUAGAGCAAUUUAAAUGUAACUUAUUUAUGAUAAGAAUGUUGCGUCACUUACAACAUGUACAUAAAAAAGAUCUCUACCGCAUUUAUAGCUAACCCGUGAAACUAGUGGUAUGGCCAGUGUAUAUACCCGUACGCAUUUGCCCACUAAUUAUAUGUUAAAAAUAAGUUAAUUUGCCGCGGCGGACUUUAACCUAGGGCCGGCCGUGACACAGCGCUGGGUUUCGUUGGGAACCGUGAUUACUAGCAAGUACAAAAUCUACUCGACGUACUCUACUGAUAUACUCAUGAUAAAUCUUAACGCUUCGUUAACGUUCCCUUGUUCUAAAUGGUUUGUAGUAAUUCGGUAUGGUGUGUUGUAUGAUUUUAAUUUUAUAUACGAAUUUAUGUCACAAUUAGAUUGGUAUACAUUUGAGAUUAAGAUUAUUGUCAUUCUCUUUCAAGUGUAUUUUCUUUCUAAAUGUAAUUUACUAGUACAGUCAGCAUCAAAAGUAGCGGAUCAAGCAACGCUUCAAAAGUAUCUACCAUUCUGUAACAGCUUAACAAAGAGUGGUGAUUCUAUAUGAAGAACAAUUUAGACUGUAAAAUACUCGUAUAUACUUUAGAACGUGAAUUUUAGAGAUUUUCCUACAUUUAGAAAAUUUAUCCGGAAUAUCAGAUACUUUUGGUGCGUUGUUUCAUUCGCUACUUUUGAUGCUGACUGUACACAGGUAGGCACUUAAAGUUGUGAAUACGGUAAUGAAAAAAAACAUAUUAAACGUGUUAAACCAACAUGUUAAUUCAUAUUAAAGCUAUUGUUAGAUGUUUAGUAUUACACAAUGUCAUUGUCGCGAUAGAAGAAAAUCAUAAGACGUGUGGUAUAAGCGCGACUAACAAAUCUGAUGGUAGCGCGUAUCGUAUACUGGCUCUAUCUGACAGUACCUAUACCUACUUGACAAGAGGGUUAUGGGUUAAUUUAUCGGUUAUAAUGUGAUAAACUUAUGCCUCCUACAUUUUGGGCAAAUUAAACCCACCAAACACGUUUACCAGGGCGGACUUUACGUAUUUUGACAGUAAAUGGCUACAAUAAUGUUCACUCACGGAGGCGAAAAAUUGGGGCGUGUACACGUGGCUAAAUAUAAUACAACAACAUAGUAUUUUAACGACCCCGACUAACUACACGCUUUGGUUAUAUUUAAAUUAGUAAUUGAAAAUCAAUGGAUGAAGUAAACGUAGGUGCUUGAGUUUUAAAUAACCUGUUGCUAGUCAUUGUUCACCUUGUGUUAUUUAAUAAUUACGAUGGUCAUUGUAGAAUUUUAAUAAUAAAUAUUACCAGUUGUUUAAUUUUAAUCCUUGUUAGACUUAUUUUUAGCCGUUGAGAUGAUUUUUACGAUGUUUAAGUUAAUAAUGUACGAGUGAAAUCUCCUGCAUGCUAUUUUAUGUAUAAAAUCACACUGCUGAAUUUGGGAUUUGUCAUGUAUUGGCAUGUUGUAUUUUUAUGGUUUCAUAUUAUAGGGUGCGGUCACGUCUGAAAUAAUCAAUACGGACUAAGUGGCAAAAACAUGUAUACACUAACUUAGUAUAUGGGCAAUAAGGUCGUGUAUACAUAUUUUUGGCACUUUUUUCGUACCGAUAUUAUCAGACGUGACUGUACAAAAUUAUACAUUUAGUAUGAAAAUCAUCUGUCAAUCAUAAAAGUGUACAGAUUUCAGUAAUGUAUUAAGAGCUCGUCUAAAUUAACUUCGCAUCGAUUCGAAUAGAGCAAAGCAAGGGAGUGCCAUUAUAAACAUCAUAUCUUCAUAAUUUGACAUGAAUGAAGAUAUUGCCACACUUUUUCAUUACAAAUGCCGUGGAGAGUUAUCUCUAUAAUUUAUACAUAGAUGUCAUCGUGUUCAAGUCGACAUGGUAUGCAGCUUCAUACAGUUGCAGUCUUUACUGAAUUUCAUUGUAAUUUUAAAUCUCGAUUGUACGGCUAUUUGUAUUUGCGCAAAUAUGGCUGCGUCACUUUCAUUUCUGAUAUAAAGAAAAUAUGUAGAUGCAACACAAACAAUGCCAUAUGACUAGCGAGUUAGUGACGGCAUAACAAAUGCGUCUAUGUUUAUAGUAUGACUGAUAAUAUACCCAUUAAUUUCGUGUUUGAAGGACCAUAACAAAAAUAUCUGGUACAGACAUCAGCAUUCAUAUUCUGCUGUUGUUAUUUGUGAUAUUGUACCUAUUAUACUUAUCAUUUGACCGGUUUUCUUAUUGAUUUUCCAAAAAUUUCCGAGGUUAACGACACAUCAGGAAAUAUUUAAAAAAAAAACCUUUAAUACUAACAACAAUACGAAAGUUUUACGUUAUCGGUAAUGGAUUAAAUUAUAAGAGAAUUUUAAUUUCAAUACCAUUACGUGUUACGUUCCAAGUAUUUGAAAUAAAGUAGUCAACAGCUGUAUCGGAAGCAAGGGCCGAGAACUGGUAAACAUCUGGUACAUAGUACUCAGGCAUUCUGUACCGUUACGGUGAAUAAACUAUAAUUAGUGCGUGCCACCCGUCAUAUUUAAAUGUUCGUAACGCUUUUUAUGUCAGAAUAUCUAUAUUAUACCCGAUUUACCAUUAUGAUUACAUUGUAUGGAAUUUAAGUAGGUACAGAUAUUUAUUUGUGACACAAGCAAUACGACAUAGCAACGGUUGAUGCAUACGUCUUAUCUCAUCCACAGGAGUCAAGGGGUUUGUAACUUUAAGUAUAGUAGGCUAAAGUUGCAAAUCCUAAUUUCCUUGAAAUGGAGUUACUAGGUUUGUGAGUGACGAUGAUACAUAUGUGUAUGACGCGACGAUUGAAUUGAACGUGAAUUGGAACGUAUUCUUAGUUGUUUGUACAGUCAACUGCAAGUCAAUUUGGUUGUUAAGUCAGCAAGCUAAGCAACUUUUGUUGCUGCUUGUACUUUGUACCUAUUAUUAAGUAUUAAAACAGUACCAACACUACCAACAGUAUAUAAAAUACAAAGGAGAAGUUAUCCCUUUGAGUCAAGCUUUGCAAUCUUGCCGUAAUUAAAAUAUUAAAUGUAUGUAUGCAGACAUAUAUGUAUAUUGAAUCUCAAACUUAGCGUAUAAAAUCGUUAUCGCAGUUUUAUUAUUAAGUCUAAUGAAGCAAUAGUAGUGUAAUACUACAAACACUUUGAUAACUAGUUAUUAUUAAACUAUGAUGUUUAUUUCCUGUUGCCUAAAUGACUGAUAAAUGCUAUAUUUUGUAUCCCGCCUAAAGUUUUUUCUGUAUUAUUGGGUAGCGUAAUGAUUGUAAUAUGUUAUUAAUAUAAUAGUUGUACCAUGUCAAUAUUUUCGAUAGAAUUUUGAUCUCAUUACAGUGAUCUAAUUUUCC